GGUUAGGGUCCGGCUUCAGACCGGGUGAGGCCCCGGUACCGUGCUUACGGUGUGGCCAGCGAGGUUAAAGUGUCAGCAGAGCCGCAUCCGCCCUCCUCCCGAGGGCAAGGAGAGGUCCACACCCAGUGCUUCCUGCUUCAGGCUGUCAUUGAGCCAACGUUAAAGCCACUGAGGUUUGGGCCGGGCUGAGGCGCAUCGGGUUCUGCACGAAAGCCCGUGUGGUGUCUCUUAUCACACGACCACCACCAAACGCACCUGCUGUGUGUCCUCUUUGAAAUCUAUGCAUGGCGACGCUUCGGCCAUACUUGAAUGCAGUUCGUGCCACUCUUCAAGCAGCAUUAUGUCUGGAAAAUUUCUCGUCACAGGUUGUGGAGCGUCAUAAUAAACCAGAAGUGGAAGUGAGGAGCAGUAAAGAGUUGCUACUGCAGCCUUUGAUCAUCAGCAGAAAUGAGAAGGAGAAGGUCCUUAUUGAGGGCUCAAUAAACUCUGUACGAGUCAGCAUCGCAAUCAAACAGGCAGAUGAGAUUGAAAAGAUUCUAUGCCAUAAAUUCAUGAGAUUUAUGAUGAUGCGAGCAGAGAACUUCUUCAUCCUGCGGAGAAAAGCUGUUGAGGGCUAUGAUAUCAGCUUCCUGAUCACCAACUUCCACACUGAGCAAAUGUAUAAACACAAGCUGGUUGAUUUUGUCAUCCACUUCAUGGAAGAGAUCGAUAAGGAAGUCAGUGAAAUGAAACUCUCAUUAAAUGCCAGAGCUCGCAUUGUUGCAGAGGAGUUUCUCAAAAAUUUCUGAUGCUGCUUGUGUUUGCUAUCGACUGUCAAGACCAAGGUUACGAGGAACUAUGUGAAACUGCACUGCUGGAAAGAAGCUUUGGGGCAGGGGUGGGUGUAAUCAUCUGCUGAAAGGGGGCUCACACAAUAUCCUGACCAGCUUGCUGGAAGGAGCUUGUAUAAUAACCCGAACCAGACUGCUGGCUUUAGUAUUAACAAAUCAUUUUUCAAUUGAUACUGUAUUUACAGCAGCUUAAUAUGUGCUGUCAUUAGUUCUUUCCCAAAUUGAAGGGACUGAGCUAAUACAUUUGUAUUUUGAAAAAUAAAAACUUUCAUUCA